AAGUUAAUGAGGAAGAAAAUGAUUCAACUGAAUCUGAAAGCUCAGACGAUAAAGAGCCUGACGAAAUUGCUAAGGAGUCAGAUAAAAAUAUAGAAGAGCCCGAUACUGUUGCAAAAGAUUCUAUUUAUGAACUUUUUUUAAAAGUCUUUGUUAAUGAUUUAUUGAUUUGCACAACAAAAAUUGAAAAGCCAUACUAUUCCGCUAGAAUCUAUCCAGACGUUUGCGUUCACUGUGGGUGCUUGGAUGGUUCUAAAUUGGCAAAUGAAUAUCCACAUUGUAAUGAUUGUGAGA